UCUAACGAUUUCGUUUUUCGACGUCAACUCACCAGCACCACACCUCGCCCAUCUCAACUUUGGUCGCCGAGACGGAUGUGCAUUCAAUAAGAAAUGCCUCCGAGGCAAAGCGCAGUGCGGAUGCUGCGAAUGCAAUGGACUCGCCCAUUGCACAAGCCCUCUUUCACAACCGCACAUCGACAACCACCAUCCAUCGCCAGAUUGCCGCUGGCGCAACUCAACCUCCGCUGCCUAAGCACGAUAACACAAGGCGCGAGCCAGACGAAUGAACGACCAAUCACCCCAUAUGCCCAGAACCGCGACCGCAACAACUUCUUUCGCCAUGCAUACCUCGCAGACGACGAAGAGGUAGCGCGGCUGGUCGAGCAAAAGCUCGGCUCCGUCUUUGUCGACCCAAUUCGAACAUACGAGUGCGAAGACGCAAAGACGAGGAGCAGAGACCGAGCCGUACGGAGCGCCCGAGUCCAAGUCGGCUUCGACAAGAUUGCAGAGCGCUUUUCCAGCCAAGUGCCCGACUGGACCGAUAUUUUCGACCUGCUGAAAAAGACAACCCCCAAGACGCUCGAAAGGCCGAAAAUGGCAGCCAUGCGGGUUGUGCUACCUACAAAUGAAGAGAUUGAUGCAAAAAACGGACCCUUUCGCUUUGUCGAGUCCGUCUCCGGUCUAGUAGCUAUGCUGCGCAUCGGCGCCGACUCGCACAGCAAGUCGUCCAUUAUCCUGCGCGGCAAAAGCUCCAUCUUGAAAAAGGCAGCUGACGAGCUCAUCACACUACGCCCCGACUGCCAGAUCUACGGGCUCGGCGACGUUAUUGACGAAGACUACACUUCAUGGCGCCUCUGGCCAGCACCUAGCAGCUCCAAACCAGCCACCGACGACAACGGCAUAUGGGUGCACGUCGAGCCUCCCAAGAUUUGGAUCGACUGCCGCUAUGAAGAGAUUCCUGUGCCGGCCACAUGGACAAAGGACUCGUUUAACAAGUACAUUGAUACCGUUGUCUCGGGCCGCCUGCGGCCGCAACUUGCCUCGCGGCUGUAUAACCGCACCGGCCCUAACAAGACGGCCGACACGGACGGUGUCCGCGUGAAGCUCCUCAUGAAUGCCUUCCAGGACCCGGAUACCCGGGCAUUUGUGACACCACAGAACCUGCGCGCAGCUAUAAUGUUCAUGGCCCCGCGCGGCGGACACAUCUCGUCGGCAGACAAGCUCAUGACGCUCUCUGAAGGCUGGGGCAUCCCGACCGACACGCACACAUUCAAUGCCAUGCUGCGCGGGUACGUGCACAAGCGCGAUGCGCUGUACUUCUUCAGAUUCCUGAAAAAAAUGCGCGAGCGGUGCUACCAGCCCAACGCGACGACAUGGCUGCUGUUUGUCGAGCUUGUUAAGCGGGACGUUGAGCGCCGCCGCAUCAUUGCUGCCAUGUUUGAGCACGAUCUCUUCCGGUAUCCGGAGACACGGCGCGCCAUAGCAGACAUCAUGGCGGAUGCGGAUGCACAUGCUGCUUUUAGGAGCGGCAUGUCCCUUGACGUCUUCCUUGACGAGCAGGCAUCUAGGUACGGCCAGGAGUGGUUCUCAGAGAGCGCAUUUAAUCGCAUCGUUGACGAGUUUCUGCGGUACCACAGCUCCUCUAGCCAUCAGCAGCUGCACCAGGCCAUUGCAAAAAUGUAUCCUGCCGGUCAGGUCCCCGCGUCGACAUUGAACGUGGUUCUGCACUAUGCGGCUGGUUGUACACCGGGCGAUUUUCAGAGUGCCGUUUGGGCCGUUGAGAAUCUCGAGCGCAACGGCCACGAGCUAAGCGAUUCAGCCUUUGCCGAGCUUCUAGUGGCAUGCGUCACAUCUGAACACCUCGAGGCGUACUCGACCGCACUCGUCUACGCCAUCUUCCAGCGCCGCAUGCGCUACCGAGCCCGCAAGUACGCCAACAUGAUUGCUGGUAUAAGAGUAGGCAGUCGUGCUGGCGUAUGGGCCCAUCGAACACCACAUAUCUUGUCCAAGGGCGCUGCGAAGCGAUUGAAAGGAUCGCCCGUGUCGCAUCCCCAGCAUAUGAUUGCCGGGGUAGAAUGGGCUCUCUUGUCCGAGUACGAUGGUUAUCACCCCGUCGAGCCGCUAUCAGUAGCUCUGCGCCGAGCAGCGGACCGCGUGGAUGGCGAGGCUCGCCGAUACAGCAAGCUUCCGAGCCCUAGCAAGGACGAGACGGAUGCUUUUAAAGCGUUGCCUGCAUUGGAGAUCUUGCUUCAGAACGAGGCGGGAGAGCAAAAGACCAUGGUGCUGGAUGCGUCGUUUGAUAAGGCGACAAUGCUGAAACGACGGUAUCUAGAGGAACAACUACUUGAGUCAAGAACUCGGAAGUGAUUGGCACCUAGAGUUCUGCUCUACCAACUACGUUACGAAGCUGAACACUCCCCAAUCCCUGUAUUAUCUUUGUAUGAUAGAAUAGACGAGCCAAUGUGCUCAUCAUGUAUUACUAGCAAUAUACCUCUAGGUCGAGGCCCUACUGACCUGGCAAUCAUUCAAAUGACACAUUUUCACGCAGCAUAAUACUUUCAAAAGACAUGUGGUAUAUUU